AUGGUUGAUACAGAAACAAGUGCUUUAGUGAAAAGGAAGAAAUGGAAAACGAAGGACAGAACAGAUGAUCAAGAUGAAAUGGAUGAGAACACUUCUGGUUCCCACAGAAGUCAUCAUAAACACCACAAGAAAGAAAAGAAUGAACAUGACGGCGAAGAUGAACAUAGGAAGAAAAAGAGUCACAAGAAGAAAAGACUUAGAGAUUCUAGAAGAUUUAUCUUUAUGUUGGGUGCGUUCCUUGGUGUACUAAUACCAUUCUACUUUGGAGCAACACAUGUUUCGAACAAUAAUAGCGAAUUAUUUGAUAAUUUGAUGAAUUUCGAAUAUUUUAAAGAUUAUAUAGAUGAUUGGAAAGAUGUACUACCACAAGGGUUUACGUCAUUCAUAAAUGAUAUUCAGAAUGGUUAUCUAACGACUUCAUCAUUACAGGAUUUGAAACAGAAUUUUGCAGUAGGUAAACAGUUAUUGAAAGAAGCUGAUGUCCAGCCAAAACAUCCCGUUGUGAUGGUUCCUGGUGUCAUUUCUACUGGGAUUGAAAGUUGGAGUGUAAUCGGAGACGCUGAUUGCGAUAGUGCUCCACAUUUCAGGAAAAGAUUGUGGGGGUCAUUCUAUAUGUUGAGAACCAUGUUUUUAGAUAAGUUGUGCUGGUUAAAGCAUAUGUCGUUGGAUCCAGAGACUGGGUUAGAUCCUCCAAAUUUCACAAUGAGAGCUGCACAAGGUUUCGAGUCAAGCGAUUUUUUCGUCACUGGAUAUUGGAUUUGGAAUAAAGUAUUAGAGAAUUUGGGUGCUAUAGGUUAUAAUCCCGAUAGUAUGAUUACCGCUGCCUAUGAUUGGAGAUUAGCAUAUUUAGAUUUAGAAGUUCGUGAUAGAUACUUUACCAAAUUAAAGCAACAGGUAGAACUGCUAUAUGAAUUAAACGAUAAUGAAAAAGUCGUCCUUGUGGGUCAUUCCAUGGGGUCUCAGAUUGUCUUUUAUUUUUUAAAAUGGGUUGAGGCAGAAGGACCAAUGUAUGGUAAUGGAGGAGAUGGAUGGGUAGAGAAAUAUAUUGAUUCUUUCAUCAAUGUUGCGGGCACGUUGUUGGGAGCACCAAAAGCUGUACCUGCUCUAAUAAGUGGUGAAAUGAAGGAUACCAUACAAUUGAAUGCGCUAGCCAUGUAUGGGUUGGAAAAAUUCUUCAGUAGGAAAGAAAGAGUAGAAAUGUUACAGACUUGGGGUGGUAUUCCAUCCAUGUUACCAAAAGGGGGCGAACUGAUAUGGGGCGACAUGGACUCUUCAUUUGAAGAUGGGUUAAAGAAUACUACUGAUAGAUAUGGGCAAUUUAUUAGAUUUGUGAAAACUGAUAGUGACAAGUAUAGUAAAAAUUUAACAAUGACAGGGGCUAUUGACCUCUUGAUGAGCUUAUGUCCAAAUUGGUUACAGAAGAGAAUCGAGGAUCAAUAUUCGUUUGGAUAUGCCAAGACGGAGUCUGACUUAUUAGCGAAUGCAAAACAUCAUUCACAUUGGACGAAUCCAUUAGAAGUUGCAUUACCGAAUGCGCCAAGUAUGAAGAUCUAUUGUAUAUACGGAGUCGGAAACCCUACCGAGAGAGCAUACGUUUACAAGGAAGAGACAGAUAGGACGACGGGAUUGAACUUGACUAUUGACUAUGAAAGUGAGCAACCAGUGUUUCUCACGGACGGUGACGGUACUGUGCCCAUAGUGACACAUGCGAUGUGCCACAAAUGGGCUGAAGGCGUCUCACCUUACAAUCCCAGCGGCAUUAAAGUUACUAUAGUGGAGAUCAAGCAUCAGCCAGACAGAUUUGACAUGAGAGGCGGUGUCAACAGUGCUGAACAUGUGGAUAUCCUGGGCAGUGCAGAACUCAACGAAUACAUCCUGAAAGUUGCUGCUGGACUCGGAGAAACCAUCCAGUCAAGACUACUUACAAAUGUGACGAACUGGGUCCGUAACAUAACCUUCCCCUUCGAUUAG